AUGGAUGAUCCAGUGCUGGACUCUGCUCAGGCAGAGCACGGCUCCCUUCUGCUCAGGCAGCUGGAGAGGAUGAGAGCCUGCGAGGAGCUCACUGAUGUGGUGCUGCUGGCAGAGGGGAUCCCCUUCGCUUGCCACAAGGUGGUGCUGUCUGCCUUCAGCCCUUACUUCCAGGCAAUGUUUACAUGCGGCCUCAAGGAGACCCAGGGAGGAGAGGUAGCUCUUAGAGACACACCUGCACAGAGCCUGGAGCUGCUGCUGGACUACAUGUACAGAGCUGAGCUCCCCCUUUCCAACGACAACAUCCAGGGUGUGGCUGCUGCUGCCUUCCUGCUCCAUGUAGAGGGAGCCUUCAGGUUGUGUCAGAGCCACAUGGAGGCCCGAAUGGACCCUUCCAACUGUGUCGGUCUGUACCACUGGGCCAGAAACCUGGGGGCCACUGGUCUGGCCGACUGCGCCUUGAGAUACCUCUGCCAACACUUUGCACUGGUUUGUGAGGAAGAAGAAGUGCUUGAGCUGGAUGCUCAGAGCCUUGGAGAUCUGCUGGGUUCAGAUGACCUCAACAUAUCGCAAGAGGAGGUUGUGCUGGAGCUGGUGCUGCGUUGGGUGGAGAGGCGGAGGGGGGACUCGCAGAGUGAAGCCCAGGCUGUGGAGUUACUCAGACGGGUCAGGCUGGAACUUGUUGACCCCGGAUUCCUCCGUAAAGCCAGGAGGAGAAACCCGGUACUGCUGAGGGAUGCAGAGUGCUUUGGGAUGAUUGACGCUGUCCUCCAGACCUCAGGUCUCAGUGAAACAUCAGCUCCUCCUCGGCCGGCCCUUCGUUACGGCAUGGAGACCACCGACCUGCUGCUCUGCUUGGGUGGGGUGAAUAAGGAGGGAGUGCCUGCCCGGCGUGGCGGAUUUGCUGACCUCAGUUUUUGCUUUGCCCCCCAUGGUAGAAAGACUUACUACAUCCCCUCUCCUCUGAGGGGAUGUGGAGGUAUGGGGCAGGUCACAGCUGGUGCAGUGACACGUGACAACGACAUAGUGGUGGCCAUAGAGGCAGAAGACCAGCACCGGAUGAAGAGGGUAGAUAUCUACAGGUACGAUAAUUCAGAGGCGAACAGCUGGGUGGAACUGUGCUCCACAGCAUACAGGGACAUGUAUGCAUUAGGGCUGUUUGGUGACGGCCUUUAUUUGAUAGGAGGUCAGAUGAAAGUCCACAAUCACUACGUCAUCACAGACAGUGUGUUGAGAUGGUCGCUGAAGAGAGGAGGCAGCUGGCUCAGCUUCACCCCUCUGCCACUCCCCUUAGCCUGCCACUGCACCGUCAGCCUGAAGGAGCAUCUCUAUGUGCUGGGGGGCUGGACACCACAGCACCAGCCAGAUGAUGAGCCCGACAAGCUGAGUAACCGCGUGUUUCUGUUUGACCCCGGCAAGGACAGGUGGAUUGAACGUGCCAGGAUGAAGUACUCCAGGUACCGCUGCGGCACAGCUGUCCUCAAUGGAGAAAUCUACGUACUUGGUGGUAUAGGAUGUGAUGGAGAGGACUGUGGGCAGUCACGUCGCUGUCUGAGCUCUGUGGAGAUCUAUAACCCAGACACAGACACCUGGAGGGCGGGACCGACCCUGCCCAAUUCUUUACUCGCCCUCCGAACCAACGCCUCCAACGUAGGAGCAGUGGAGGGCAAGCUCUACCUCUGUGGAUACUACAAGGGGGCUGGCCGUCAUGAGAUCAUCACCAAGGAGAUUUUGGAAAUGGACCCUGCAGACAAUGUGUGGACGGUGGUGGAAAGACGAGCAGCAGUGCAUGACAGCUAUGACGUCUGUCUGGUGGCUAACCUCAAUCCACGAGACCUCUUCACACCCUAA